AUGCACCCACGUGCUUCAGGGCAGGGUGUAUUUCCACGCUAUGGUGGUGGGUGGAUGCAUCAGUUUGGUCAUGUGUAUGCCCUCCAACAGGAAUUACUAAACCCACAGGCCAGCAAUUGGUUUCGGGCGGUUGAACUUUGGCACACGGCGCGUCACGAAGGAGUUGCGCUCAAUUCUGCUCAUUACACAUCCAUUCUUAGGCAGUGCGUGCAGCCGAAAGCGUGGGAAGCCUCACUGCGGGUGCUUCGUCAAAUGCAGCGGGAAGGCAUCCGCCCAGACGUCGUGGGAGUUGGCUGCGUACUGGCCACAUGCGCCGAUGCCGACAGAAUUUCUGAGGUUGAGGAGGUGUUCGAUGAGUUUAGUGGGAAAAUGGCCUUGGACAGCGUUUGCUACCUUGCAUUGAUCAAGGCAAAGAUGGCUGGUGGUAGAUGGAAGGAGGCCAUAGCAGUUGGUAAGAGACAGGAGGCGGAUGGUUUGCAUUUUCUUCCAUAUACGUACACGCACCUCCUUGAGGCCGCGAAGGAGGCGGAUGAUGGGGAGUUUGGGCUUGAAUUGGUGAGGCGCAUGAAACGGGAGCAGUGGGAACUGUCGGAGAGGGGACGUGUUGCCUUCAAGAAGUUGUGCGUUCUUCACAAUUGGGAAGCGGAGUUUGACCGGCUAGGGGGGUUUAGCGAAGAGGGUGUGUCGCGUCCCCAGCUGCCGGAGAGGUCUUUGUAG